GUACGCAAGCGUGUCACGAAAUGACGCCAAAAAAUUCCAUGGAAAUGUAGAUAUGUUUGAAAUGUGGCAGUUAUUAAAAAAGGAGGCUGAUAUUUCGCCAGGCACUUUCGAACUUAGAUUCGAUAAUUACCGCAAUGUGGAUUUUUCAGCACCUAUUUUGAUAAAACCUAAAACUUUUCUUUUAAAACCGAGAAAGCAUAAAAUUGGAUGGCAUACAAUUGCUAAUGUCCUUCGUUUACACGUAUGGCUAGCUGUAUUGGGUUCCCUUUUACUGUUUGGAUUUUAUCUUCGAUGGGUCAUCAAAGACAAAGACAAUAAACCUUGGCCCGUAGCGAGUGUAUACUGGUUUCUCUUCACGACUAUGACUAACCAAGUUUCUAUCGUUACAGGAGUCGACAUGCGUGGCAUCAAUCGAUUUGUGUCCAGAAUAUGUUUUUUAAUGUGGGUGUUAUCGAUUAGUGUUUUGUUAUGGGGUUACGGCGGUGUAUUGUCGUCGCUGCUGGCCGUGCAAGUAAACGAACCCGUUCCCACCACACUCGAACAACUCGCUGCUGCCCUUGAAAGAAGAGAAUAUUCCUGCUUAUAUAUUGACGACAAUAGCUUUAUUUUAAACUUAAAUAAAUCAGAAAUCGGAUACAUGAAAACCUUGGCCAAACAUUUUGAUUUAAGCCUCCACUUUUGGCAAAAUCAAUUAGAAAAAGAUGCUGAAAUUAAAAAAAAACUUAAGAAUGUAUAUACUAAAUUAAGAAUUUCGAAAGUUUCGAACUUGGAAGCCAAAGCACUUUUAGCCGAAAUGUACAAGAUUUUAAUUAAAUUAUUUGGAGAAACAACAAAAGUGGCGAUUAUCGGUUCACCAGAUUUAAUAAAAGUCCUCACCAUGGAUUCCGACGACGAAUAUUUCGUAUCCGAUGACGUUCUUUCCACAAAAAACGAGGUACUUAUGAUGAAGAAAGGAUUUCCGCAUAAAAAUAAAAUCGACAAAUUAAUCAGAAGAUUGUUCGAUACUGGACUCUUUAUUAAAAUGUCUGGCGAUACACUUUUCGAAUCAAAACUAAAAUCGUCGAAUGAUUGUAGACCUUUGUCUCUACAAGACUUGCUUGGCCCAUUUUCUCUGCUUAUCGUAGGUUACGCCUUAUCAUUUUCUUGUUUCCUUGCCGAAUUCUUCGUCGGAAUGACUCUCAAUCGGAUUGCUCCGUUGUUAUAGCAAAUGAUCGAAUUUUUCUUUACCACAGUCAAAUGUACAGAUCAGAGGUGUA